UACUGUUUGAUCACUUUCACUUUUACAUUAUUCCAAUUUUGGUUUGUUGAUAUAUCUAUAUGUGUUGAUUUUGUGGGAUUGUUAGGAAAUUUCUAAUGAUGUUGGUGUGUACAUGAAUGAUCCACUGUUUCUUUGGAAUUUCAAUGUCUUGGAAAAUUGGAGUGGUGUUGUUGUUUGGGUUCGUGGCAUGGGCUUACCGGCCCUUGCGCCCACCACCACCACGCCUUUGUGGCACGAAGGGCGGGCCACCCCUCGUAGGACCUAGAAUCAAACUAAGGGAUGGAAGGAACUUAUCAUACAAAGAGCAUGGAGUCCCUAAAGAGGCAGCCAAAUACAAGGUCAUCUUGGUCCACGGCUUCAGCUCUAGCAAACACGAAGCCUCCAUCACUGUCACGGUACCAACGUUAUCCCCUUUUGCCAUGGAGGGAAUAGGAACAUCACAAAUGAUUAUCUGUUUUUGCUUCCAACAGGAUUUGGUGGAGAAACUGGGCAUAUACUUCGUCUCCUUUGAUAGGCCGGGUUAUGGAGAGAGCGAUCCCGACCCAAAGAGGACCAUAAAGAGCCUAGCAUUAGACAUAGAAGAGCUCGGACAUCAGUUAGAACUCGGUGCAAAGUUUUAUAUCAUUGGAAUUUCCAUGGGAGGACAGGCUGUCUGGGGAUGCCUCAAAUACAUUCCUCACAGGGUAAAAGGGGCUGCAUUGUUAGCUCCAGUUGUGAACUACUGGUGGCCUAGUUUUCCCCCCGCUUUAGCCACAGAGGCAUACAAUCUCCAACCCGUGCAGGACCAGUGGGCGUUGCGUGUUGCACGCCACGUCCCCUGGCUCGUCUACUGGUGGAACACUCAGAAAUGGUUCCCGGGCUCCAGCGUUGCUGCUGGUACACAAAACUUCACAGCGCCCGACCUCCAAAUCAUCGCCAAAAUGGCUGCCUCAGGAGUGUCUCACAAGGCGUACGCGACGCAGCAGGGCGUGCACGAGUCCUACCACCGCGACAUGAUGGUGGGAUUCGGGCACAGGGAUCUUGAUCCAAUGCAGCUUGAGAAUCCCUUCCCAAAUGGAGAGGGCUCUGUUCAUCUGUGGCAUGGCACUGAUGACGGGGUCGUGCCCGUGUCGCUUCAACGCUGCAUUGCCAAGCAGUUGCCAUGGGUGCAAUACCAUGAGCUGCCAAAUGCUGGACAUCUCUUCUCAUGUGGUGAAACUGAUGUCAAAGAUGCUAUAUUGAGCAAGCUUUUGAUGGCUGAUAAAAUGGUUCACUGAUUUGUUUUUUUUGCCCAUUUUUAUGCAUUGAGUGUGAUUGUUACUAAAUUUUAUUUCAAUUCUGGAUGUAUGUGAAGAACCUUUACAAGAACAAGUCUGAGCAUCAAGAUUGUGCAAACAUUUUUUUCA